AUGGCGGGGGUGGRGAGAGACUGUCAGUCGUUGCAAACAGCACUUUCCAUCAGCUCCAUGAACUCCUCAUCUAAUAACACCAGUGUGACGAUCAGUCUGAUUAAUCUAGAAGGCAUGGGCUUAACUGCAGCCAAACAUGUGAUCGUCCUCGUGCUCGGCUUCAGCAUCAACUACAUCAACGCCACGUUGAUUGUCACCUUCAGGAAACACCAGGUUUUGUACAUGAACCCUCGCUACAUCCUGUUCAUCCAUCUUGUUGUGAACGAUAUGAUCCUGCUGACAACAUCAAUCAGUCUGUUUAUCAUUGUUUACAUCUUCUAUAAYAUUAAUGUUUCCCUCUGUUUGAUUUUUAUGAUUGCGUCUGUUUUCACCAGUCUGAACACACCGUUAAAUUUAGCAGUGAUGGCUGUGGAGUGCUACAUCGCUGUGUGCUUCCCUCUGAGACACGCUGAGCUCUGCACCGUSAYACGGACUUAUAUUCUGAUCGUCUGGAUUUGGGUUUUCAGCUCAUUUACAGUUUUGUUUCAAACUGUUGUUCUACUGUCAACAAAACCUCUGGAGUUUUUUCAUUCCACAGUGCUUUGCAUGACGGAAAAUAUGUUCCAACACCCAAUAAGUUCUCAAAUGAGGGAAAUAACUUAUACAAUUUAUUUAACGGUAGUUUGGUUCACACUUUUCUUUACRUACUUCAAGAUCUUCUUUGCUGCUAAAGCAGCUAAUUCAUCUGAUGGAAAAACAAAAAAGGCCAGAAACACCAUCCUGCUUCACGGCUUUCAGCUCCUGCUGUGUAUGCUGACAUAUUUAAACCCUUUGGUCAAAUCCGUUGUGUUACGCACUUUCCCUACGUAUUCUAGUCAUUUCCACUUUGCUUGGUACAUCAUUGUUGACAUUCUCCCCAGGUUUAUCAGUCCCAUUGUGUACGGGCUGCGAGACAAAACAUUUAAACUGCAUUUG